UUUUCAUACAUUUCUCUCUCGAUCAUUUGUGUUUGAGUUUAAAGUCGAAUCUCAGAAAAACAAACAUCAUCUACGUAAAAAUUCUGCAGUAUCAAACAACGAACGAUGCAUUCUAAUCACUUGCUACUCGAAGAACCCAUCCGGAUGGCCUCCAUUUUGGAGCCAUCAAAAGCUAGUUUUUUCCCGGCAAUGACGAAGAUCGUGGGAACGUUGGGUCCCAAUUCUCGAUCUGUGGAAAUUAUUUCUCAUUGCCUUAAAGCUGGGAUGUCUGUGGCGAGAUUUGAUUUUUCAUGUGGAGAUGCCGAUUCUCACCGGGAAACACUGGAGAAUUUGAGAACCGCUAUUAAGAUUACUAAGAAGCUCUGUGCUGUUAUGUUCGAUACUGUAGGCCCGGAAUUGCAGGUGGUUAACAAAAGUGAGAAGGCUAUUUCCCUCAAAGCAGAUGCCACUGUCACCCUGACACCUGACAAAGGUGGAGAAGCGUCUUCAGAAGUGUUGCCUAUAAAUUUCGCUGGAUUGUCUAAGGCUGUGAAGAAGGGAGAUACCAUUUUUAUUGGCCAAUACCUCUUCACAGGAAGUGAGACUACUUCUGUUUGGCUCGAGGUAGAUGAAGUGAAGGAUGAGGAUGUGGUUUGUGUUAUAAAGAACUCUGCAACUUUGACGGGUUCAUUGUUCACUCUGCAUGCUUCUCAAAUUCAUAUUGAUCUCCCUACUCUUACUGAUAAAGAUAAAGAGGCCAUAAGCUCAUGGGGAGUUCAAAACAAAAUUGAUUUCCUUUCACUAUCAUCUACAAGGCAUGCUGAAGACGUUCGUGAGGCUCGCAAUUUUCUAUCUAAGCUUGGAGAUCUUAGUCAGACACAGAUCUUUGCUAAAAUUGAAAAUGUAGAGGGCUUAACUCAUUUUGAUGAGAUCCUUCAAGAGGCUGAUGGUAUCAUUCUUUCUCGUGGAAAUCUUGGCAUUGAUCUUCCACCUGAGAAGGUGUUUUUGUUUCAGAAGGCUGCAGUUAACAAGUGUAACAUGGCUGGAAAACCAGCAGUAGUAACACGCGUUGUUGAUAGCAUGACUGACAACCUUAGACCUACGCGUGCUGAAGCAACUGAUGUUGCUAAUGCUGUUUUGGAUGGGUCAGAUGCAAUUCUUCUUGGUGCUGAAACUUUCCGUGGAUUAUACCCUGUUGAGUGCAUUUCAAUUGUGGGAAAAAUUUGUGCCGAGGCUGAGAAAGUGUUUAACCAAGACAUGUACUUCAAGAAGACUGUUAAGUUUGUUGGGGAGCCCAUGUCACAUCUCGAAUCGAUUGCUUCCUCAGCGGUAAGAGCAGCCAUCAAGGUGAAAGCUUCUGUUAUUAUUUGCUUCACUUCAUCUGGAAGAGCUGCAAGACUAAUAGCAAAAUAUAGGCCAACAAUGCCAGUACUAUCAGUAGUAAUUCCUCGGCUCAAGACCAAUCAACUUAAGUGGUGUUUCAGUGGUGCAUUUGAGGCAAGGCAGUCCCUCAUUGUACGUGGACUUUUCCCCAUGCUAGCUGAUCCUCGACACCCUGCCGAGCAUAGAAAUCCCACGAACGAAUCUGUGCUGAAAGUUGCGCUUGACCAUGGGAAGUCUGCCGGAGUGAUCAAAUCGCGUGACCGAGUAGUGGUGUGCCAGAAAGUUGGAGAUGCAUCAGUGGUUAAGAUCAUCGAGCUUGAAGACUAGAUUUUUAAUUUACUGGGUUCUCCCUCCAUUUCUUCCCCACAAUUUUGCUGUGUGUGGGGCUUUGUUGGUGAGCAUUUUGAUUAGAGAAGAGAACUAGCUAGGAUUUUACCUUGGUUUUGGGUAAAUUAUAAUUUGGCAUAUAGCUUUAAAAGCAAUAUGACAUUCUGUGAAAGCCAUUGUUGAAAACCACUGAAACUGAUUUUGUUCGCAAGGGUAAAUAAAAGCAAUAUGGCAUUCUGUUUAGUGU